AUGUCGGGGUGCAGCUGGGGCUACGGCGAGCGCGACGGUCCUGUUCAUUGGAAUGAAUUUUUCCCUAUUGCUGAUGGGGAUCAACAAUCUCCGAUUGAGAUUAAAACCAAAGAAGUGAGAUAUGAUUCUUCCCUCCGACCUCUUGGUAUCAAGUAUGACGCCAGCUCAGCUAAAAUCAUCAGUAACAGUGGCCACUCCUUCAACGUUGACUUUGAUGACACGGAUGACAAAUCAGUUCUGCGUGGGGGCCCCCUCACUGGAAGCUACAGGCUACGGCAGUUUCACCUUCACUGGGGGUCUGCUGAUGAUCACGGCUCUGAGCACGUGGUGGACGGCAUGAGAUAUGCCGCAGAGCUCCACGUUGUUCACUGGAAUUCAGACAAAUACCCCAGCUUUGUUGAGGCAGCUCAUGAGCCAGAUGGACUAGCUGUCUUGGGAAUAUUUUUACAGAUUGGUGAACAUAAUCCCCAACUGCAAAAGAUUACUGACAUUUUGGAUUCCAUUAAAGAAAAGGGUAAACAAACUCGGUUCACAAAUUUCGACCCGGAAUGUCUGCUUCCUCCAUGCCGGGAUUAUUGGACGUAUCCUGGCUCUCUUACGGUCCCACCUCUUCUGGAGAGCGUCACUUGGAUCAUUUUAAAGCAGCCCAUAAACAUCAGCUCUCAACAGCUGGCUGCAUUCCGCACCCUCCUGUGCAGCAGGGAGGGUGAAACAGCAGCUUUUCUGUUGAGCAAUCACCGUCCACCACAGCCUUUGAAGGGCCGAAAAGUGAGAGCCUCUUUCCGUUAA